AUGCAACCCAUGUACAUGGAGGGUCAUCGAUAUCGUUUUGAAAGAAAGAGUGCUCGGGCGAAAUACCAUUUGGGUGGCAUAACGAUCGAUGAACGAGACAAAGAUUCUAAUCGAGUUAACAUUCCCAAGACCAGGAACACUUACUGCAAGGGCAUCAAGUGCAGAAAGCACACUCCCCACAAGGUUACCCAGUACAAGGCUGGCAAGGCUUCUUUGUACGCCCAGGGUAAGAGACGUUACGAUCGUAAGCAGUCCGGUUAUGGUGGUCAGACCAAGCCCGUUUUCCACAAGAAGGCCAAGACCACCAAGAAGGUUGUCCUCCGUCUUGAAUGCACCGUCUGCAAGUACAAGAUGCAACAACCCCUCAAGCGUUGCAAGCACUUCGAAUUGGGUGGUGAAAAGAAGACUAAGGGUGCUGCUCUCGUUUUCUAA